GCAGUAAGAGGCUGUGCGGAGUGUGGGAUCAUUGAUGCUUUGUACGACAGACAUGCAGAGACAUUAACCAUUCCCGGGUGGAAGAGAUCAGUGCAGCUUUGGCAAAUAAGCGGGACACUCGGAUCUCACUGAUGAUCCUGAGAAGGAGGUGUAGCUUGGCAGUGGAAGAUUUGACUUUCUUUUCGCAGAAGGUGGUGGUGGCUAUUUGCAUGUCAGAUGCUCAGACUGACAUCAGAGGAAGCAGAUGUGAUGUUCGAGUCCCUACAGCGAAGUACACCAAGGUCGGUGAGACUUUAAGGCAUGUCAUCCCCGGACAUAUGCAGUGUUCCAUGGCAUGCGGUGGUCGGGCGUGCAAAUACGAAAAUCCCUCUCGCUGGAGCGAUAAAGAACAAGCCAUCAAGGGACUGUACUCGUCCUGGAUAACUGAUAAUCUAUUAGCCAUGGCGAGGCCUUCAACUGAAAUCAUUGAAAAAUUCAACAUCAUCGAACAAUUCCAGAAGUGUGGCUUAAAGACAGUCAUCAACCUGCAGCGACCAGGGGAACACGCCAGCUGUGGCGGCACUCUUGAGCCAGAGAGUAGUUUCACUUAUCGCCCGGAGGUUUUCAUGGAGGCUGGGAUCUAUUUUUACAACUUUGGCUGGAAGGAUUAUGGUGUGGCUUCCUUGACUACUAUCCUUGACAUGGUAAAGGUUAUGUCAUUUGCCAUGCAAGAAGGAAAAAUGGCUGUUCACUGCCAUGCCGGACUUGGCAGGACAGGUGUCUUAAUAGCAUGCUUCUUAGUAUUCACAUCCCGGAUGAGCGCAGAUCAGGCCAUUUUGUUUGUCAGAGCCAAACGGCGAAAUUCGAUCCAGACCCGUGGCCAACUGUUGUGCGUGCGAGAAUUUGCCCAGUUCCUUGUGCCACUGCGAAGCGUGUUCUCGUGCGCCGAGCCCAUAGCUCACUCGGUCACGUUGUUGCAGUACUUGACCCGUCAACGCCACAUGCUGCAUGGCUACGAAGCGCGGCAAAUGAAAAACAUGCCAAAGAUCGUCCAACUGGUCUGCAGGCUCUUACUGGACAUAGCAGAGAACCGUCAAACUGUGGAAGAGGAGGUGUUGGAAAUCCCAGACCUCACAGAGGAAGUGGAGAAGACGGUUUCCUUGCAAGCCAUCCAGCAGUUAGGGAAGGAGAUGAGGGGCAAGGGAAUUCCAAUACCCUCACCUCGUUCUCCUGACCAACCCAGCUUUCCUCUUCAAGUACCGUGUGCUCAACUUCAUGACCGCCCGCUGUGUAGUGACCAAGAGUUUGAUGUUGUUUGGAGAUGGCCAACUGUGGACAAUACAAACAAGUCUCAACUCAUCUUAACGAAGUGUAUAAGCUAUAGUGACUCAGCUUUGCACAAACUGGAUGCAAGAAUUCAAGGCCUGCCAAGUCCCCAGAAUGCUCUUGGCAGCAAUACUGGUUUGGAACUUUCUGAACACUACAAGUCGCAGAGCAGAUUAGCUUUACAAACCCCUGAUAUUCAACCGUCUAUACCUCCACUGACAAAUAAAAGCAAAAGCAGACCCAAACAUGUCUCCUUAACCAGUUCCAGGAGUUCCCAAGUACAAUCCAAAAAAGAUCAAGAUGAAAAACCCAUAAAGAGGGCGUCUCUAAAGGAGGCAAAGCGCAGCAGAUCUUAUGGAUUUUUAGGGGGGACCAAUGUGGACAGCAGCACAGUGCUUUCUAAAUGGAUCGCAGAAGAUGUUAGAAAUGUUCAAACCUGUCAAGACGGCACAAAUCACAGUCGAAAUGACAAGAUGACCUGGGAUGGCAAAAAUGACAAAUUUAAUGAUGUUCCUAUAUUAUCGUUGCAAAAUGAACUCUCACCUGAGACUCGUCAUCUGUUUGUGGCCAAAGCACUUACAAUAGACAUAGAAGAAGAGGAACUCAGGAACACAGUCUCAAUGUGGCAGAUGGAGCUGAACUCCCGUGAUGGUGCAUGGGAGAGGUUGUGAGGCGAGAGAGAUCCUGUGGUGCUCUCCUCUCUCAUGUGGUCCUGGCUAGAGCAGCUGAAGGAGCCAAUCAUUACAAAAGAGGACGUCGAGACUUUGGCUGAAAAGAGAUGUAAUCCCCAUGCCCUCAAUUCACUGGACAAGGGACAAAAACAAACCCUUCUGUGUGUUCUUGACUGCGCUGCUCAUUUGCUGAAGAUACCAGAGGAUGUUGAGAGUGCCUUUGUUGAACGCACAAUCAAAGCAUUUACUUGGAUUUCUUCUGAUUCGGAGAAUGGGCAGUUAAUCUAUAAAACACUAAAAGAAGUUGUGAUCCCAGUCCUUAAUGAUAUGAGGGCAAAAGCACUGGAAGAUCUGGAGGUGACAUGUCACUGUCCCUACACACCUUGAUCCAUUCACCAAGACACUGGACUGAAAAUUGAAUUUAAAUCAGAAAUCUGGUACAAAAAUUUAAAUCUGGAAAAAAGCACAACCUAUUUUUUAUUUAUUUUAAUUUUAUUCUACCUUUGUGAUUAUGCAUUUGAAAAAUGUAUUUAACAACUUUUUCUGAGAGAGAAAAAUAAUUACUGCCAUACUUGUGCCACACAAUGUUUUGUUAGGCUAUUUUUCUAAUUUGUUAUUAAUACUUUAUACUUGGUACAUGUGCUAUUUAUUAGCUAACUGAUGAAAAUAUUUAUUGGAAAGUGUUAUUUUUUAUAUUUAAUUUUAAUUAUUUGGCUCUUAUGAUAGAGAAUUCAGUACAGUUUGCAUAUAAAAAUGUACCUCUUUAUUGACUAAACCAAAUGAUAUCACUGUGCAACAUGUCUCAUUUUAUGAAACAAUCUUUAAUUUAUUUUUUUGAAUUUAGCAAAUUGCCAGAUUUUCUAAAUAUUGCCUUUGCCAUAUAAAGGUUUGUGUUGGUGCAAUAGAUGACAACUGAAUGCUUUCAUUCAUAAUGCAAUGCAGUUUACAUUAGAGAUAGCUCAGCAUGAUCUUGACGACAAUUCUAAAAAUUGAGAAUGUUUUGCAUUUCCUGUUAAAUUGCAACAUUGCUAAAAAGCAAAAUACUGCCCUGUAGACUGGCUUUUGCAGAAUGCUAUGUACCUUUAACCAUCUAUUAUUUGUAAUUAAGCUGCUUUUUUAUGUACUUACAAAAGAUAAGUAUGUUUGUAAUUUAUGUGGUGUUUUAUGUAAGAUAACACUAGUGUUUAGAAAUGUAUCUGACCUCAUUUGUCAACUAAAAUGUUAACAUUGUAUUUUUAAGUAAAUGUCAUGUAGCCAACAGAACAUGUUUAUUCGUUAGGUCUGUAGAAGAAUUGUUAGAUGUUUUCUUGUCUGAUAAAGAAAGAUUACUGUGGAUUGUUAAAAGCACUAUAUUUUUUAUUUAUCGCAUUUUCACUGAAACGUGGAGAAAUUCUUAAUGUUACCUUUUGCAUUAUUUCUUAUUAACAUGUAUUUCACAUUUACUUGCAUUAAACAAGUUUGAUUAUUUUAUACUAUUAGCUUGUUUAUUUGUGUUUCUGAUUAUAAUUAUCAUGUCAUGCAAUAAAACCCUCACUCUUUUGU